CGGGUGUGAUCCAUUGAAAAAACAAAAACUUGAAAGCGAGCGUCCUGCGGACCGGACGACAGCAAAACAAAGAGGGCCAUUGUUUCUUUAAGAAUUGCGACAAAAUUGUGAAUUAUUGUAUUCUAGAUCCGGGGUAAAGGGCGUUUUCUCGCUGGACAACAGGAUAAACCCUAUACAUGUAGUUACUUUGAGUUAGCCAGCAAUAGAGAAACUAAUACACAAUAAUAAUAAAACCGACCUCUAGGGGGAGAGUGAGAUAGCUCAGCGAGUGUAUGCGAGGGAGUGAGACAGACGAGAGGAUAGAGCAGCUGGCAGGCAGACAGAGGCAAGCAAGCAUGCAGGCAGGCAGUGGAAAAGGAAUUAUAUAUAACCCGGUAUGUAUACAGUGUCUCUAACCUGAUGCAGUGACAAUACUCGCCACUGAACAACGAAAAGAACAAACUAGGAAUUGCGCGACUGUCAUGAACAUGGUUUUGGUAGAUACGAAACCGUUUCAGCAAUGCAGACGAAAUACCGGGGAAGCACAACUGGAGGAAAAAAACGCUAGCAAGAUUCUGUGUGGGGGCCAGUCUUCCUGCAGAUAAUAAUAAUAAUAAUAAUUGCGAGUGGCACAGCAGAGCGUAGUUUGGAAGCAGAGCUGGGACUGCACUCCUGUCCAGUGCUGGUUUUCAAGUCACGUGUGGAUCAAUGCCUUGUCUAACUGAGGGAAGCAGGUUUGGAAGCAGAACUAGAAACCAGACAGGAUGUCAUGGUUCAGCGGCGUAUUAGUGCCCAAAGUGGAUGACCGCAAGACGGCGUGGGCCGAGCGCAAUGGCAAGAAGCCCAAACGAAAGGGCGCCUCGUCGUUGUGCAACCCCCGCUACAUGAGCUGCCUGCGGGACGCCGAGACCAUGGAGCCGCCCCCGCCACCACCCAACCGCGCCCACCACCACCACAACCGCACCAACGCUGGGGGCAGCUUCGGAGUGCGCUGCGGCUGGCAGGAGGACCACUACGCCAACAAGGGGGUGGGCAAGAACAGCUCCGGGGGCCACACGGACGUGGGACUCAAAUCCGUGGACCUGGGCUUCGAAGACGGGGAUCUGAAAGCUGGGAAAGCCCUGGAAGAAGGAGGCCCGGUCACGGCUGCGGAUUGCUGGCUCCGGGUGGUGCAGGUGUUCCAAUCCAAGAAAUUCCACUCGACCAAGCUGGAGAGGCUCUACCAGCGCUACUUCUUCAGCAUGAACCAGAGCAGCCUCACCAUGCUCAUGGGGGUCCUGGUGGUUGUUUGUGGGGUCAUGCUCGCCUUCCACUGCAUCCACGGGGAAAACAUAUUGGAAAAUGUGGCCUAUAUCUCGGUUCUGUCCGUGGCCAUGGCGCUCUUCCUGGCCUUCAUGGUCGUGUGUAACCGGAACGGGUUCCACCAGGAUUAUAUGUGGAUCGUCAGCUACCUGGUCAUCACCGUGCUGUUCGUGGUGCAGGUGUUCGGGGUCUUCAACGUGGCCCCCCGCAGUGCCUCGGAAGGGAUAUGGUGGUCCGUCUUCUUCAUCUACAUCAUCUACACCCUCCUGCCCGUCCGCAUGAGGGCAGCAGUCCUCAGUGGGCUUGUACUGUCCACUAUCCAUCUAGUGACCUCCUGGAGACUCAAUCUGGAGGACCACUUCUUAUGGAAGCAGCUCAGUGCAAACGUGCUCAUUUUCCUGUGCACUAACAUCAUCGGGGUCUGCACGCACUACCCGGCCGAGGUGUCUCAGAGACAGGCCUUCCAGGAGACACGCGGUUACAUCCAGGCUCGCCUGCACCUGCAGAGGGAGAACCAACAGCAGGAGCGUCUGCUGUUGUCUGUGCUGCCGAGACAUGUUGCCAUGGAAAUGAAGGCAGACAUCAAUGCCAAGAAGGAAGACAUGAUGUUUCACAAGAUUUACAUCCAGAAACACGACAACGUCAGUAUCCUGUUUGCUGACAUUGAGGGCUUCACUAGCCUGGCAUCGCAGUGCACUGCCCAGGAACUCGUCAUGACCCUGAAUGAACUCUUUGCUCGAUUCGACAAACUGGCGUCUGAAAACCACUGUUUGAGGAUCAAGAUCCUGGGUGAUUGCUACUACUGUGUGUCUGGGCUGCCAGAGCCCAGGGCUGACCACGCCCACUGCUGCGUGGAGAUGGGCGUCGACAUGAUUGAGGCCAUCUCGCUGGUGCGGGAGGUGAUGGGGGUCAACGUGAACAUGCGCGUGGGGAUCCACAGCGGGCGUGUGCACUGCGGGGUCCUGGGGCUGCGGAAGUGGCAGUUUGACGUGUGGUCCAACGACGUCACCCUGGCCAAUCAGAUGGAGGCUGGGGGCAAGGCAGGACGUAUCCACAUCACCAAGGCCACGCUGCAGUACCUGAAUGGGGAUUACGAGGUGGACCCUGGCUUCGGGGGCGAGAGGAACGCCUACCUGAAAGAGCAGGACAUCGAGACCUUCCUCAUCGUGGGCUGCAGCCAGAAACGAAAAGAUGAAAAAGCCAUGAUGGCGAAGAUGCAGCAGGCACGUGCCAACUCCAACGAGGGCCUGGUGCCACGCUGGGUGCCCGAGCGCUCCUUCCCCAGGACCAAGGACUCCAAGGUCUUCAGGCAGAUGGGAAUUGAUGAAACUACAAGCAAAGACAACCGCUGUGCCCAGGAGGCUCUGAACCCAGAGGACGAGGUGGAUGAGUUCCUGGGCCGGGCGAUUGAUGCCAGGAGCAUUGACCAGCUCCGCAAGGACCACGUCAAGAAAUUCCUGCUGACAUUCCAGACCCCUGACCUGGAGAAGAAGUAUUCGAAGAAGGUGGAUGAUCGCUUUGGGGGCUACGUGGCCUGCACUCUCCUCGUCUUCUGCUUCAUCUGCUUCAUUCAGAUCAUUAUCUUUCCACAUUCCCCUCUAAUGCUGGGCAUCUACAUCAGCAUCUUUGUGAUUCUCGCCAAUAUUCUCUUUGUGUGUGCAAUCUACUCCUGUAUAAAGGUAUUUCCUGCCGCCAUGCAGACAGUCUCAAAGAAGAUCGUUCACUCCCGGACUAACAGCACCUUGGUGGGGGUCUUCACCCUUGUCCUCGUUUUCAUCUCUGCCUUUGUCAACAUGUUUGCCUGUAACACUGAAGCUCUCCAGGACUGUAUCUCGCGUGUGUUUAACAUCACGCCAGACCAGGUGAACCUCUGCCACAUCAAGAACCACAGCUCCUAUCUCGGGGAUGAACAGCUGCUGUGCGGGGAAGACAGUCUGGCCUGCAGCUUCCCAGAGUACUUCAACUACAGUGUGCUGCUGAGUCUGCUGGCGUGCUCUGUGUUCCUGCAGAUCAGCAGUAUAGGGAAGCUGGCCCUCAUGCUGGGGAUCCAGUUGGUUUACAUCGUCAUCGUGGAGUGGCCUGAGGUCACGCUGUUUGACAACUAUGACCUGUUCGUCUCAGCCAAUAAGCUGUCUUUCAAUGAAACAAGGUUUGCUUUCAAUGACACAACACCUUGUCAGGUUGGCAAUAACAAGGUGGCUCUGAAGUUCAUGACCCCGGUGGUUCUGACCGUGUUCGUCCUGGCGCUGUACCUACACGCCCAGCAGGUGGAGUCCACCGCCCGGCUGGACUUCCUGUGGAAACUGCAGGCGACGGAGGAGAAGGAGGAGAUGGAGGAGCUGCAGGCCUAUAACCGCCGCCUGCUGCACAACAUCCUGCCCAAGGACGUGGCCGCCCACUUCCUGGCCCGCGAGCGACGCAACGACGAGCUGUACUACCAGUCCUGCGAGUGCGUGGCCGUCAUGUUCGCCUCCAUCAGCAACUUCUCCGAGUUCUACGUGGAGCUGGAGGCCAACAACGAGGGCGUGGAGUGCCUGCGGCUGCUGAACGAGAUCAUCGCUGACUUCGACGAGAUCAUCAGUGAGGAGAAGUACCGUCAGCUGGAGAAGAUCAAGACCAUCGGCAGCACGUAUAUGGCAGCCUCGGGACUCAACGACUCGACGUACGACAAAGAGGCCAAGUCCCACAUCGUUGCUCUGGCCGACUACGCCAUGAGACUCAUGGAGCAGAUGAAGUACAUCAACGAGCAUUCCUUCAACAACUUCCAGAUGAAGAUUGGGUUGAACAUCGGGCCUGUGGUUGCCGGGGUGAUUGGAGCCAAGAAGCCUCAGUAUGAUAUAUGGGGGAACACUGUGAAUGUGGCCAGUCGAAUGGACAGCACUGGAGUCCCAGAUCGCAUUCAGGUGACAACGGAUUUGUAUCAGGUCCUGGCUAGCAAAGGCUACCAGCUGGAGUGCCGGGGAGUGGUGAAGGUCAAAGGCAAAGGGGAAAUGAUGACCUAUUUCCUGAAUGAUGGGCCUCAGAGCAGUUAGCAGUGACCCGGGGGCAGGCGCGGGCAGCCACGGAGGUGAAGAAACUCACAGAUCACAUGGAUAAAGGCCUCGUCGAACCUCAAACUGAAUUUCCAGAAAACAAAAAACAAACACAUUUGUUGAUGUUGUUGUGUUUUUUUUUUUUUAAAUGAAGGCUUUGGUAAACCAGUUUAUGUUACUUGAAGUAAAUACGAAAGGCCCUGUUGGGUCGUUGAAAGGAACUUUUAUGAAACGGUUAAGCUACAGUUUAGAAGAAAAUCAAAUACAGGUACUUCGUCUUCUGUUUCCUUCUUGUCAAUAUGGAUUAUUUAUUUUCUCUGUAGUGUGCGAAAACAAACUCUGAAACCAUUGACCAAAGAACAAGAGAAACCACACCUGGUUAUUUUUUAGUCAAAAACAGACACCUGUGGUCAUUUUAAACCCUCAAUGGUUUGCUAUGUGUGGGUUCCUCAGCUGUUUUCCUACCACUGCAGUACAUUUUUUAAGCUACUGGUGAUCGGCAGUACUUAGCUCUCCUUUUUUAGGGCUCAUUUCUUCAUUCAGAAGCGGAGGAGAUCAAAUGAGUCAUCAAUCUGUUCUUUCUGGUUGUCUUGGAAGUCAAAGAAACAACACAAAAGAAGACAAUACCUUUAACUUUGCCUUUAAACUAUCUGCAAAGCCAGUGUGGCCUGCUAGGCCCAAAUGAAAGCCUGGGGCUCCAUUUUUUUUGUUUUUGUUUGGCACGUACAAGGCCUGAACGACACUGUCUUCGGGAUAAUAUAUGCGCAAGUAAACAAAACUGGAGACCAUAUUGUGUGUUUAUAUGUACAAUAAUGACAUUUCUUCUCUUUAAAAGAAGUAUUUUUGGUACAAAAUAAAUAAAUAAAUAAAAACCUUCAGAAAUGAAGACACAAAGGCAUUCUUAAUAUUUCCAUGGUACCAGACAGUAUAUAACCUUCUAAUUCUUAUAGAAAGACUUUUUUUAAAGAAAAAAAAAAUAUAUAUAAAUAUAUAUAAAUAUAUAUAUUAUGACUGAAUACUGUGCUUUAUAAUCUACAAGGAGCGAAAUUAUUUUCACUGUGAAGUUUAUAUGAUACAACAAACUGCUCUCUUGCCAACUCUAAAGCAUGACACUUUUUUAACAUUUUUGCCUCAUUUUGUUUUAUUUUAUUUUAUUUUAUUGUCAUUUUAGUUUUUGUCUUUUUUUGUUUUUUCAAAUCCUGAAUUGAACUUUUCCCACUUCUGUUACAAAGUGCCAGAGUAAACCGACACUAAAACUGCGGUCCAGGUUUUGUUUCAUUGUAUGACGUCUAUACAUUUUAGGAAGUGCCUGGCUUCAAUGUAUAAAUUCAAUUUGUAACUCUUAAUCUUUUAUCAGAUGAAGUGUUCCCACAAAAAUAAAAUCACAAAGCUGAGCACGAGACUGGGGUCAUAUACAAACUGCUCAGCUAAACCAGUGCUAGCAAUGCUUUUGAAAUCUAUUCUCGUACCUUUUAUUAGCAUUAAUGUAAAUGCUAAUAUCUUUUAGUUUUUAAUGUCGAUUCUGUGCAAAUACUGUACAAUCUUUGCAGUAGGAGUUAUUGCAGGCAUCUAGCCCAUUGGGUUGAAUUUGAACUACAACACAAAGUGAUCAGGUACUACGAAGCAGCUGCGUAUUUUAAAUUAUUAUAAAUACAAGCCAAGUAUCAAAACAUAUUCAACAGAAACGGGACCAUAUUUCUCAUGCUAAUAAGAGGUAAGAACAUUUCAAAGCCUGGGUUAGCAUGUGUUUUUACACAGUAAAAAUUGGUAAGAUUUACUUUUUAUUUUUUAUGAACUCAAUGUAACUUUAAGAGAAUAUGAUUCCAAUGACAUCUUAAAAUGAUAAUGAUAAUGCAGAAAAAGUGAUUCCACAAGUAUUACCUAUUUGAAUGGGUUUCUUAGGCACAGAUGACUUUCAUAUCUUGGCCAGAAUACCUUUUGAACGGGAGGUUGAGAAAUACAAAGAUAUUUUAUAUAUAUAUAUAUGUAUAUAUAUAUAUAUAUAUAUAUAUAUAUAUAUUUUAAGAAAGUACUAUAACAUUGUACCCCUUUAUAAUAGGCAUUCAUUUGUGUAUCUUUCUUAAGCAGCCUGUUUUAUCGUUGUAGUUUUGUUAAACAAAAACAAACAGGAUGUACGUUUUUACGUAGGUCAUUUUUACAGCGAAUUCCUUUGAUCAGGUAAACAGAAUUAUAAUAAUAAUCAUUUGUGUAGAGUGGACAUACAGGGCAGCAUGACAAACAUGUUUAGGCUAAUUCCACGCUGUAGUAUUUGCAAUAGCUUUGCAGUUUCAACUGCAUACAGCUGAACUUCAAGAUUAGGCUGAGCAGAACAUUUCACGAAGGUGUGAGCAGCAGCAAUAGGUGUUGAAUUGAGUGUCGCUGGUCACACUGGAUUCACACACCAAUUCAACACUUAGCUUUUUAUCAGAAUGGUUGUUUUCAAAUAAUCCUUUAGGCUUCAAGUGCAGAUCCAUUGCUUCUUGGUGAAUAAACCAUGUUAGUAUUAACAAUUUGAUUGCCUUUCUGCUGGAAAAAAAGAAGCCAUUGUGUUUUCUUUGAUGGAGUUUUAAGUUCAUGAAAGAUCAUACAAUCAUUUCUAAGCGUAGGAAAAACUAUAACCAUGUUCCUGUAUGUCCACAUAAACAGUAAAGAACUUGUUACAAGAAGGAAAUGUUACAGCUAAAUAAUGGAUUAUUCUUGUUGUUUAGAAUCACUUUGUAUAUAAGUGACUUUUUACAAAGCUUAAAGCUACACUGUGGCCUCAAUAGAGCUCUCAAACAUAUCUCAAAGUACAGCUGGUACACCACAGUGUAACCAGUAACCUGUCCCCCUGCAACACUGCCCCCCAAGGAUGUAGGAAUGAACACAUCUGUUCUAUGUAGUGUUUCAUAGUGUUGCAGGGGGGACAGGUUAGUGAUUACCCUCUGGUUUACCUGCUGUACUCAGAGAGCAGACAUGUUAGAGCUCUAUGGAGGCCAUACUGUUAAACUUUAAGUCCUCGGGAUGUGAUAACCAAAACAGAAAAAGUUAUGGAACAAAGUGAUUCUAAGCUGAUCAAAUAACUGAUAUUUCAGCUGUUCUUAGUGUGGCCUUUUUAAAAUCUUUUAAAAGUUUGCCCCUUCCCCUUCCCCAGUAUGGUUGUAUCAUCUUCUUUGUAUUUGGUUUUUAAUGAUUUAUUUCUGUUCCCAAGACCAUCUCUGAUUCUUUCAUCACUUUGAUGGUAUUGUGCAUUUUGUUCCGUCACUAUUUACUGUAUUUUAUUGCCAAAUCUGAAAUAUUGUAACUGCAGAUAAACUCACAAUGAUCUAUGGCAGUGGUUCUCAGCCUAUCCAGUCCCAGUUUGUUUUUUAUUUGACUGUAUUCAUUUAUCUGUGUGACUCUUGAAUAUAUGAAAUAUUUAAUUGCUAGCCCUUUUUUCUGUGUUUUAUAUUUAUACCUUUCAAAACCUCACCCCCUCCCUCCUCACACUCCAGGCUGGAAACUACUGACCUAGACUAAACCAUGCCUGAAUAUUGUAUUUGGUAAACAAAAGAACAACAAAAAAAACACUUUAUUUAAUUAAGACUUCUAUUGCAGUGGUAUAAUGACUUGUAAAUGUUCUGCAAAAUGCUUUUGCUUUUUGUAAUUUUGCCAAUUUGUAAAAAUAAUAAUAAUCAUGACGAUGAUAAUAAUAAUAAUAAUAAUAACAAUGAACACUUAUGAUCUACAAAACGCUAUAUUUUGUACAUUUACUAUUUGUGAAUAUAAAUGGUAUUCAAUGCUGAAA